GGCCAAUCGUAGCGUGAAGACAACAACACAGUGCCAUUCCCUUUAGUGAUGUAGAAGUGAUAGUAGGUGCAAACAACCAUGGAGAAUCCGCAAACAACCGAUUCGACGGCUCAAAAUCAGCCGCUAAACAACGCCGAAGACGGCAACGCCGCCGCGAUAUCUCGCAAUGCGAGGAUCACCAAAAUUAAGCAGAAGUUUCUGCCUGGAUUUCGAAUAACUCUUUUGCUUUCAUUGGCCAUUUACAUUGCUAUGCUGGUUAUUGGAAUUCUCGGAGUUCAUAAAUGUCCAGUGGAAGAAAAUAUUCCUCUCUUUUUGAUUGCCACUGGGGCCAUUGGAUUAAUAACCAAAAUAUUAACCUACGCGAGAGAAAGACUACUCAGGCAUUUUCAAGUUAAAUUUGUGGAAUCCAGUUUGUACACCGUAGAAAUCGUCUUCCUUAUAUUAGGGGCGUAUUGGGUAUAUAAGGAGUACCCCCCUAACUACGAUCCAGGCGUAACAUUUUAUUGUCAAAAGACUGCUUAUUUAUUCGCUUUCGUAUACAUUACUGUUGUACUAGUUAUCAUAGGUUUGGGCGUUUUGGCAGGCUUAAUUUGUGUAAUGUGUUGUGCUAUUUGUGUAGCCUCGCUUUCGUCUUGCUUAUUAAACUGCGAUAUCGAAGGACAGAAAAACGAGGAUAACGAGAAAGACGGAGAUGAUGAGCAGGAGGAAAAAGCUUUAAAGGAUGACGAUAAAGAUAAGGAGAAGGAGAAAGAGGGAACAAGCAAUGAUUGAAUAUUUUUUAUUUUUUUAUAAUGUACUUUAAGUUUUUAUACCAAAGUAUUAAGAGUCUGUCUACGUAGUUUUGAUAUUGACAAUUUUAUUAGCACCAAUCGGAAUUACCAUACACGUAAUAAUUUUUUAAUAAAAUAGUUUGACAUGGA